UUUUCUUAAUUUCAUAAACCAAAUCGUACGCUACGCGGAGAUAACUCGUAUACAAAGUCCUUCACUUUGUAGGAAAAAAUGUGAGACAAAAUUAUUGUUACUGAAAUACUUCAAGUUUGAAAAAUUCAUAACCAGGGUGCUCACCGCAGUCAGCAAAAAUCAGGGAAUUUUAAAGAAAAAGACAUGUGAUCUGAAUUCACUGACUCUCUUACUCUUGUAUGUUGCCAUGACAACCUGCAAGCUGGGGCGACCUGCAAGCCUUUCCUUUAUUAAAAAGGAUUACGUAACUUUACAAUAAUAUCCCUAUCUCCCCCAUCUAACAUAAUUAUAAUCUCCCCUCCUACUUGAUGUUACGUAAUUUGUGAAUGCUCCCUUUAUGAAUGAACAUUUACAUUUUUUUACUAUUUAUAUUGUUACUGAAAAAUUCUUCUUUUUUCCCUACAGGUUAAUACAAAUGAAAAAUGUCAACCUUUAACAAAGAAAACAUAGACGAAAGUUCUUUCGAAGUUCGAGUUUUAAAAGGAAAGAACAGAUGUGUAUUCACGAAUAAAUUUAUUAAAAAAGGUACCACUGUGCUGGAAUACCGUGGGGACCUAAUAACUAGUAAAGAUGAAAUUGAGAAGCGAGAAACUAAAUAUACAAAAAAUAAAAAAGGUUGCUUUAUUUUAGAAAUCACAUUAAAUGGAAAAAAAGCAUUUAUAGAUGCGACUCGAGAAACAAAAUUUAAGGCUAGACUAAUGAGUCAUUCCGACAAUCCCAACUUAAUACCAUUCAAAACUUUAGUUGACGGUGUUCCUCGAGUCUUUUUCAAAGCAAAAUUCGAUAUUAAACCAAACAGUGAAUUAGUGUGGGACUACGGAGAGAGGAGAAAGGCCAUUCUCGAAUCGAAUCCGUGGUUGAAACCGAGAAGAAGAUCUGCAGUUGCACAUCAAAAUUGGAAGGAAGCUUUCGUAUUAUUAGAAAAAUUGGAUCCGGAAAUCGAAAUUCAAAUUAAAAAUUUAAAUAGGACAGAAGGGAGCUGGUUAGACGGGUCUAUAGAUUCUUUUAAAACGUCUCAAAUUAACAGCAAUUCUACACCAUUAAAUGGAUCAAUGAAUUUAUCGCAAGAUCGUGUUCUUUUUGAUUCAUCGGUACAACUAAAGAAUGCACGUGUAGUUUUGGAAAAUUUGUCAUUUUCACAUACAGAGUCAAAUAAUACUAGUGCUCCGCACAGUGGUGCGUCCGAGCUAUUAGACAUACUAGGAGAGACUUGGAUGAACAGCUCAACUGACCCUAAUGGAUUUAAUGAAAAUGUAUUUCAGUCAACUCGUUUAAGUGUAUCCAAAGACACAUCGACUUGUGAGUGUGAUCAUGAAGCAGCCUAUUCUACCUCACCACGUAAAUUAAUUCAAUCGGAAACUUUUAUUGUCAACAAAGAUGAGGUGAAUGAAAAACAUAAACUCCAGAUAUCUGAAGAGCAAAACCUUUCACAUGGUUGUAGAUCCGCAGAAGAACUUAAAAGGGAUUUAAAAGUUUUACUUCGAAAUGAUGAUGUCAGUCAACUCAAAAAUAAAUCGGUGAAAUUAAAUACUCACCAAUCACAAGAGUUUGAAAACACGAAUGGAGAUAUUUCAAUUAAUUCUGUUGAACAAGAUUUUUCACAUUAUAAUAGAUGCACCGAAGCACCUGAGAAGGAAAAAAAGAUUUUAGUUAGUAAUGAUCUCGAAAGUAAAUUCAAAAAUAAUUAUGUAGAAGCUGAUACUCACCUAAAAAAAAAUAUUAAUGAGGAUUUAAUUCUUUCUAUUGAGAAAUCAUAUUCGCAUAAUAGUAGAGACACCGUAGUACCUGAAAAUGAAAUAGAAGUUUUAGUAAAAAAUGAUGGUCACAGACACGUUAAAAGUGAACUUGUCAAAGAUCAAUCUCUUCUAUCAGGACAGACUCAACUUGAAAAUAGAAAUUCUGUAAUUCAAACCGUUCAUCAAUCCCCUUCGCAUAACAGUAAAUUUGCUGUAGUAACUGAAAGACAAAUUGGAAUGUUAAUUAAUAAUGGCGUCAAUAAUCAAAUUCCUCCUCUCUUGCCGGAACAGAUUGAAAUUAUACAUGGAGAUUGUAUAAUUCAUACCAUUGAAAAAGAGUCUUCACAUUUCAGUAAAUGUUGCGUAGUACCUGUAAGAGAAGUAAAAGUUUUGAUCAAUAAUGAUUGCAACAGUAAAUUAAAAGAUAAGCAUCUGGAAAGUUGUACUCACCAGUCAGAACAUGUUAAUGCAGAUUCAACAAUUCAUCCCGUUAAGAAAUCUUCACUUGACAGUAGCUUGGACGAAGUACCUGAAAUACCAAUUAAAAUAUUAAGCAGCAAUGACAAUAAUCCAUUCAAAAAUGAUCUCGACAAAAAUAUUCCUCAACUGUUAGAACAGUUGAAACAAAUAAAUGGAAAUUCAUUAGCAGAUUCCUCUGAGAAAAUUUCUUCAACUGGUUGUAAAUCUCCCAUGAUACCUGAAAAGCAAGAAGAGUUUCCAAUUAAUAAUAAUUGCAACAGAGAAUUAAUAUAUAAGCAUCUGGAAAAUUAUACUCACCAGUCCGAACAUAUUAAUGCAGAUUUAACAAUUCAUCCCGUUAAGAAAUCUUCACUUGACAGUACCUUGGACAAAGUACCUGAAAUACCAAUUAAAAUAUUAAGCAGCAAUGAUGACAAUAAUCCAUCGAAAAAUGAUCUCGACAAAAAUAAUCCUCAACUGUCAGAACAGUUGAAACAAAUAAAUGGAAAUUCAUUAGCAGAUUCCUCUGAGAAAAUUUCUUCAACUGGUUGUAAAUCUCCUAUGAUACCUGAGAAGCAAGAAGAGUUUCCAAUUAAUAAUAAUUGCAACAGUGAAUUAAUAGAAAAACCCCUUGUAACUCCGACUCACUUACUUCAUCCAGUUAAGGAAUUAUCUCUGCUUGACAGUAGAUUGAUUUCAGUUCCUGAAAAUCAAAUUGAAUUUUUAAACAUUGGUGACGACAACGUUAAAUGUAAUAAUCAACCAGUAGAAGUACUUACUCAUUUACAAGAACAUUUUAAACAUACUGAAAAAGUGAGCAAUCUGGACCAAUUUGUAGACAUUGCAAAUUGUGAAAUUCUAUUUGUUGAUGAAAAUUCUGAACAAAUAGUUAGUGAUAACUUUCAAGGAUUUAUAAAUGAACUCGAUGUAGACAAUUUUACUCAAACUGGUGCCGCCACUAUUAUUUCAGAUGGUCAAGCAAUUGGUUCUGUUCUUAACAACAAUUUUGGAAAUACUGAUUUAAAUCCCUCUCGUUCUACUAAACCUAAAAUAAUUGAAUCCAUUAUAAUUAAACCCAAUGAGAGAAAAUUAUUAGCUUCUACAAUCAACGAUAAAAGUACAUUAAUUGAAGUUAAUCAGUUGUCAAAUUCGGAAAUUUAUUCACAAUCUUCUACGGUCGCAGAAUUCGAAGAUAUUAUUGAAAUCCCAGAAAAUGAGGAGGAUGAUGAUGAUGAAGAUGAUUUAUGCGAUAAAGAUUAUUUACCCCAAGAUGAUGAAGAUGAGUCUGAUGAAGAAGAAUUCGAUGAUGAAGAAGAGGUCUUAAACAAAAGUUCUGAAAGUACCUUGAAUUCUACUCAAGACAGUACUGCUCAGAAGUCUCAACCAAAUACAUCUUUUUCUUAUUUAUGUGCUCUUUCUAAAAAGUCAGCUGUACCGGCAGAAAGCAUGCAAGUUCCUCCAUCCUUGGGUAAAUCCGGGAAAUCAAAACAACACUUUUGCUGCUUUUGUAAUACUUUGCAAUUGCAGAUUGCGCGCCAUUUAAGAAGAUGUCAUAAAGAAGAACCUGCAGUAAAAAAUUUCAUGUCCAUGAAAAAAAAUACUAAUGAAAAACGUAAAGCAAUUGGUGUUUUAAGAAAGAAGGGGGAUUUUAUUUACAACACUAGUGAAGAUCACAAUAAAGGAUUCUUAAUAACGGUUCGAAGACCACAGUUAAAACUAAAGAAAACAGCAGAAGAGUUUGUUAAUUGCCCCAAAUGUUACGGAUUUUAUACUAGGAACAACAUUCGUCACCAUUAUGCAGAAUGCACACAAUCGAAUUCAUCGAAUGCAAGAUGCAUUUUACAAAACGCCGCACGUCAAAUCGGACGAGUACAUCAAGAUGCGAGCUACAAAAUGAGACAUAAAAUACUUCCUGUUCUUCAAAAAGACGACAUUACUAACAUUAUUAGAUACGAUAGGCUAAUAAUUCUAUUUGGAAACUUGCUUUCGGUAAAGUAUAAGAAACCUCAACAAGAUAACAUGAUCCGAUCUCAGUUAAGAUUACUCGCCAGAUUCGUCUUAGCAUUAAAACAAAUUGUUCCGGAAAUCGACGAUUUAGCGGCAGCAUUUCACCCGAGCUUCUUUAAUAACGUGUUGGAAGCUGUGAAUAUUGUCGCAGGGUUUAAUGAGGAAACGCAAAUUUACGCAGCCCCAAGCACAGCAUCUGCUUUAGGAACGGCUCUUAGAAAAUGUAGCCUGAUUCUAAAAUGUGAGUAUAUUACUCUUAUGGACAAGACAAAAAAAGGAUUGGUUGAAGAUUUUAUGGUUGUUUUUGACACUAAAUUCGGAAUUUAUGUUAACAAAAAUGUUGCUGAAACCCAGAUCGACAUGCAGCGAAAGAAACAAGUCAUCCUUCCAAAUGUAGAUGAUAUAAGUAAUUUAAUCUCUUAUUUAACAAAGCUACGCGAUGAAUCAUUCCAGUCACUUCAGAAAACAUUUUCGAUCGAAAAUUGGAAAAUUUUAAGUGAGUCAGUCUUGAUAUACCUAAUGGUAUUUAACCGAAGGCGUCGUGGUGAAAUGCAGUUUUUAACUGUUGAAGAUUUCAAUAAUCGAUUAGAAAUUGACGAAAGCGAUGAUUUGUAUAAAUAUCUACCAGAAAGAGGGAAGCAAGCUUCUUCGGAAUACAAGCGUCUGCUUAUACGUGGGAAAAAGGACCGACCAGUUCCCGUUUUAAUUUGUCAAAGAUCAUUGGAAUGCAUGCUACUUCUUAAAAAGUUUCGGAAGGAUGCAGGAAUUCAUAAAAAAAAUACAUAUUUUUUCGCUGUGCCUGGUAAAGAUAUAAAUAGAUUCAAAUCCUUGGAAGCUUGCGAUCUAUUAAGAAAAUAUUCAAACCUUUGUGGCGCGAAAAAACCCGAGACUCUCAGAGGAACUGCAUUGCGUAAACACUUGGCUACAACUUGCUCCUUAAAUUAUUCAGAAAAACGAAUCAGCACAGUGGCAAAGUUUAUGGGUCAUGAUUUGAAAAUCCAUAAGGAGAUAUAUCAGCAACCGACGGCGGCAACUGAUAUAGUGGAAAUGUCCGAUGUUUUGAAAAAAGCCCAAACUCCUAAUAUAGGUCACAAUUCGAAGAGCCUUGCUGCCUCACCCGAAUCUAGUGCUUCAACUGAUGAUUUUCUUCCGAACCAAAACAAUGAUCGAAAAGCGAAAAGGAAAGCUUCAGUUUCUGAUAGCGAAAUCGAUGAUUUCAUGGAUGAAUUAGUUUCCAAUCCAAAGAAGCGGGUUAAAUUUUCUAAUGAAAAGAAAUUAGCGGAUUCAUCAGCGGUGACGAAAAGCAAAGUUCGAAAAGCGAAAAGGAAGGCUUCAGUAUCUGAUAGCGAAAUCGAUGAUAUCAUGGAUGAAUUAGAUUCCAAUCCAAAGAAGCGGGUUAAAUUUUCUAAUAAAAAGAAAUUAGCGGAUUCAACAGCGGUGACGAAAAGUAAAGAUCUCAGUGAUGAGAAAAUUAAGAAAAAUCGAUGGACCCAGAAUGAAGUAAAUGCAGUUUUGAAUGCAUUUAAACAUAAUAUUGAAGAAAAGACCUUACCAUCCGCAGCAGAAAUAGUGGAAUUGAAGGAACAAAAUGAAUGUCUGCAAAAUAGGAGUACAGCUACAAUCAAAUCUUGGAUUCAUCAUUACAAUUCGAAAACAAAAGCCUAACCAUUUGAAAAUGGUUAAUAACAAAGUUAAGAAAUUUUUUAUUACUUAUUUAAAACCAGAUGGUUCCAAUCAUUUCUUUUUAUUUGUUCGUUGUUUAGUAUUCCAAAAAAUCCCCGAGUUUUUUUAAUUGCCCGGCAAUGGUGGGAUAAUUUUUUCUUAUAAUAGUUGAUUUGCAAAAUUACCACUUUUAGUUUUUUAGACACUCUCACUAAGUGAGUGGGAUGUCCCAGUGACAAAAUUGUCCCAGAUGAAAAGAAUUUCAUACUUGCAAAGACAAAUUUAUCUUUUUAACGUUAAGUGAGUCAAUUAGUUCAAAUAUCAAAAUUUUGUACUAAUGAAAGAAAACAGUUUUGGUUAUAAAUUAGAGCUGUGCAAAAUAAUUCGAACCGAAUUUUGCACAGCUCUAUUAUAAAUGUAAGAAGUUUUAUUGUUUUUCCAUUUGAACUAUACUUUAACAACCUCUAAAUUAAAAAAUUUCCUGUACGUAACAAGUUUGAGAAAUUUUGUUGUUCUAUUAAAGUAUUAUAAUUUAGUUAUGAAUUGAUCUCUCUUAAAAAUUUC